GCCGGCAUGGCUGCAUUGCAAAAUUUGUCGUUUUUAAUACAGCACAGUAAUACAUUCAAAAAUUGUUUAAUACAUUCGCCAGUAUAACGCGGUUGCACUUGCGUCUGUCAGAAGUUUGUGAGCCCGCUCCAUGUUUCUUCAACACAACAUUUGAGCAGACAAAGCAAUGAGACAAGUUAUAUUGUCAGAGAUAGGAGCAACACGGUCUGCUGGAUGAAUUCAACCAGUCGUUUAGUAUCGGUGGGAGGCUGAAACAUUGCAUCAGGACAGGGAUAGUACCGCUUCUGAUGGUGGCUAUUCUGAUAAAGCACAAGAGGAGGUUAGAUGGGCAGAAAAGAAGAUUGAGAUUCUGCAGCUGAAAAAUCCAGAUGAAGAGGAAUUUCCUUUUGAGAGCGAUGAAGAUGAAAACUGGGACUGGGAUGAUUGUGAUGGUGAUCUCACCAAGCGUUAUACAGCUUAUAGGAACAACAGUCAGCAGGCAAAUAGGCAAGCUAACUAUAAUUCAACAAGGAUGUCCGCUCCACCAGACAAGGCUCUGAGAAAAUUUGAACAUAAAAUUAAUCUCGAUAAACUAAAUUUUGCUGAUUCUGUGAUAAACAAAGUAACUGAAAAGUCAAGGCAGAAACAUACAGACAUGUAUCGAGUUAAAGAUAAAUCUGACCGAGCCACAGUAGAACAGGUUUUGGAUCCAAGAACUCGAAUGAUUCUGUUUAAAAUGCUGAGCAGAGGAGUGAUUUCUCAAAUCCACGGAUGUAUCAGCACAGGCAAGGAGGCAAAUGUUUAUCAUGCAACUACAAACAACGGAGAAAACAGAGCAAUAAAGAUCUACAAAACUUCAAUCCUAAUAUUUAAAGAUCGUGAUAAAUAUGUCAGCGGUGAAUUCAGAUUUCGCCAUGGUUAUUGCAAGGGAAAUCCAAGAAAAAUGGUGAGAACAUGGGCAGAGAAGGAGAUGAGAAAUUUGAUCAGGUUGCAGACAGCAGAAAUACCUUGCCCGGAGCCAAUCAUGCUCAGGAGUCAUGUGCUUGUUAUGGGCUUUAUUGGUAAAGAUGACAUGCCAGCACCACUGUUGAAGAAUGCUCAUUUGUCUGAAUCCAAGGCCAGAGAGCUUUAUCUUCUUCUGAUUCAAUAUAUGAGAAGAAUGUAUAAGGAUGCCCGGCUAGUUCAUGCUGAUCUUAGUGAAUUUAACCUGUUGUACCAUAAUGGGGGUAUUUAUAUAAUUGAUGUAUCCCAAUCAGUAGAACAUGAUCAUCCGUGUGCUUUGGAGUUUCUCCGAAAAGACUGUCUCAAUGUUAAUGAUUUUUUCCGUAAACACAAUGUCGCCGUUAUGACUGUGCGGGAGCUUUUUGAAUUUGUCACAGAUCCUUCCAUUGCAGAAGAUAACCUUGAUGCCUACCUUCAAAAGGCAAUGGAAUUAGCUGCAAAUAGAACAGAGGAGGAAAGAUCUAACCAGGAUAAAGUAGACGAAGAGGUGUUUAAAAAGGCCUACAUUCCCAGGACGCUGAAUGAAGUGAAGCAUUAUGAACGAGAUGUUGACAUUAUGACCAAGUCCAAGGAGGAGAAUAUCUUACAUAAACAGCAUGACAAUAUUCUGUACCAGACUGUAACAGGAAUGAAGAAGGACUUGACAGGUGUACAACAGGUACCUGCUCUUCUCGAGAGUUCAGAAGAAAGUGAUGAACAAUCUAAUUCUGAUGAUGAUGACUCUAAAUCAGAGCUCAAUCCUGAAGAAGAAGAAAAGACUCCUUCAAAAAAGCAUAUCGAGGAAGAUGAAACUAACAAAAAGGAUAGGAAAAGAUUAGUUAAAGAAGCCCAGCGAGAAAAACGGAAAAACAAAGUGCCUAAACAUGUCAAAAAAAGAAAAGAAAAGGUUGCUAAAAUGAAGAAAGGGAGAGCUUAAAAGUUUGAAUGACUUUGUUUUACAUCAACUGGUGUAUGUUGAUUGGCGGUCGUCACAAGUUUACAAGAUGAAGAGUUCCAUUUUCUAACUUGGUUCAUCUGUCCAGUGAGGUCUGAAACUUCCAUGUUCCAGUGCCUAUUAUUUCUCAGAUCACUUCUAUUUCUUCUUUCAAGUCCUAGUCUCUUUCUAUCACUUCAGUCCUCAUGUAAAUAAGUAAAGAUGGGUGUUCUGUUGUUAUCCGAAAGUUAUCUUUACUAAUUAUGAACGCUGCUGCAUAAAUUAUUUUCCCAGUGUAAAAUAAUAAAUAAUCUUAACAUGAAUGAAAGA